AGCUGUUUAUGACUCCAACACCGCGACUGUAAUCACAAUUAGUUUUAAUUGCAAACUAUUUUACAAUUAUUACGGAAACCUAUGUUUAAUAUGCAUUUGUGAAUGCGAUUGAAGUGUCAAAAUGUGUGAUAAGUUUUGUGAUAUCGUGUACCGCGAGAAGUACUAUGAGAUUGAACGCCAGAGUGACACCAAUUCAGUGCCAUUUGUGGACAUUUUGACUAAAAUACAGCAAAUCAUACCAAUCGUGGACAUGAUGUCGUCGACAUCUUUGAUACCAGUCUUUAACAAAGAGGUUAACUUCAACACUCAUGUCUUUGAGAUAAUUGUGGGCAAUGGUAGGCCGAUACGGAUCAAUCACAUCAAUGAGAGGAUUACGAGGAAUGUUACCAUCAAAGUGACUGAAAACCCCAUCGCCCGACCCAUUCAGACACCGACUCAUCCUUUGCCUGUAAUACCCGUCCCAAUGCCAGUCAACCCAUAUAGUCAUCAAAACACUUACAAUCAACUGAUCAGUGAUCACAACCGUCGGUUCAAUGAUAACUUGAGUACUAAUGAGAGGCCUUUUAGUGAUCAGACAACUCCUGUUUAUUACACGCGAGUGGCUAAUGAUAACCGACCCCUAAGUGACAAUAGACCUGUUGAUAGCGGCAGACCCGCGGACCCUCAACUUGAUUACAGGUCUGGCGGUUAUAACAGACCUGUUGGUGAUAACAGACCUAUUGGUGACAAAAGACCUAUUGAUGACAAUAGACCUGUUAGUGAUAACAGAUCUGUUGACAACUAUAGACCUGAUGGCAGCUAUAGGCCAGAGGGUGGUUAUAGAUCUGCUAAUAAUGACGACAGACAUUACAGUGACAGAAGACCUGUUAGGGGUCAUGGAAGGGGUGGAUAUCAUAACAGCUUUAGAGAUAAUAUGAGUGGUAAUCGAUAUGAUAACAGAAGUUCUACUUAUAAUCGCAGCUAUUCGUCAGAUAUGUCCAGAAAAUCCACUUUUAAUGAGACGACAAAUACGUCAAAUGAUAAGCAAUUGAUUUGUGAGAUGACUAACGAAAUCAUUCAAAAGUAUUGCAUAUUUUUGGAUCUAAUCAAAGAGUAUUCGCGAAACAACUGCGAUCUGAUCACCGAUUUUGAGUGGAAUCAUGUGAUACACAAACAGAUGACAUCCAAAGGGUUUAAGAAUUACGACCCGAGUGCGCUCAACAGAUAUGACUCGAUAUUAGAGGCGAAAAGCAAUUUCGUAUACUUUGAAGAGUUUAAUACAUUAAACGAUGCCUAUUUAGAGUUAAUGAACGCCAGGACUAAAUUCCUGACAUCACAUGAUAGGCGAUGGCGUAAAGACAUCACAAACAAUAGCCUUCCGGUCAUCGAAGACAUCUUCGGACUUUACCGGACAUUCACUAACCAACAAAAGUUGCAACAAUUUCGCAAAGACUCAACUAUUCAGAAACGGCUCGAAAAUAGCAUUAAAGAGAUUAAAGGCUUUAAUCUUAUAGUUCAGUCGAUCGGUGCUCUUAAGGGACAUCUCACAGAACCGGGUCUUUACCUAAAGAUCUCGAAAAUAUUGUCAGAAACAGGUCUCGAAUGGACUCCAGAAGAAUGCGAGCGAAUUCUUAAAGAGUGGAUUGUAUUCUACGAAAAGAAUACGGUUGAAUACAAGGAUGCGAUGAAAAGGGGUAAUCGGAUCGUUGAAUAUAUCUAUGAGUUCUUGCAUAUCAUAACGACUGUAAGUCUGGAGACUGUCUUCUAUUCAAACCAAAAGAUUACUGAAUCUCUGGAAUCGAUCGCCAAAAAUAUAUACAAUAAGUCUUCACUCAGACUUCAAAAGAGACUUAAAAUAAACGACAGAAAUAUCGACAAAAUUGUAGAAAAAGUUCAAAACGAACUCCAAAUGAAUAGCUUUAAGAACUCGGAUGACAUCCAAAUCGUAGCCGUGAUUACAAAAAAGCCAACAAAUCAACAAAACACUGGAAACAAAUCAAUUGAUAGCCAAAGCAGUGAAAAGUCGCGUCAAAGUUCUCCCAAAAGGAGAAGUCGAGAGAGAAGUCCGCAAAAGUCGACAAAAAGUUCAUCGAAAAACGUGGAAAGGGAUAGAAAUCGAUCUAAAGGUCCUAAAAAUGUGGAAAGGGAUCGAAAAAGACCGAAAAGUCCUAAAGGAGUAGAAAGAGAUAGAAAACGAUCGAAAAGUCCUAAAAAUAUUCCCAAAACUAAGAACUCGAGUUCAAUGACUACUAAAGAUAUCAUCAAAUAUACGACACUAUUGACCGAAAUUAGAAACUAUUCACAUAAUAACAGCGAUUUAAUCACUGAUUACGAGUGGAUUCAUAUAAUCCACAGUCGUAUGGGAUAUGAGUUCAGAUAUACUGCGCCUGAAAGAUGGCGAACAGAUUAUAAGCAUUUCGUUGACAUCUAUUUGAGAUCUUUAAGGAGAUACCGAAACAUAACGAACGCUCGGAUGGAGUUCCCAUUGUUUGUGGAAAUGAAUAACAAUUAUUUCAAUUCAAAUAACGAUCGAUACUAUGAAGUGAUGAAUGCGAGGGAAGACUUCGCCAAACUGUUCACGAAAUUCAAGUCACAAGAAGAGGAGGCGUUGGUGCGGACCAUCAGAAGCCAGAAAUACAACUCUGAGCUCUCGGACGCCAAGAUUCAACACUUCCAGAAGGAACUCGAGUCCAAAGUGGAUGAGAUUAAAGCCGCUAAUCUUAUGGUACAGAUCACUGAACUGAUCCAAACGCACAACAACGACGCCGAUAGCAGUGAUAUCUAUCAGAAAGUGGCGGAAGUCAUGUCUGAAACCGGCUUUCGGGUCAGUCCGCAGUGGAACGACCGGUGGCGGCCCUACCAGUGCGAGGAAGUGCUACGCUAUUGGACUAUAUUCUACAGUCAAAACUGCGAUCUCUACGAAGUGGCCCUCCGUUUGGACUAUAAGAUCAUUAAAUACCUCUUCGAGUACUUGAAUAUAAUACCAGUGUUUCUGACGAAUGCCAUGAAUAUCCACAACUCGUAUCUGUUUAGUCCCGACAGUCCCGAUGAGGACAAACUCAAGAGCGCACUCAUCACUAUUCGCACGAAUCUUAACAAACAUAAUAUUAUUCCUAAGAUUAAGAAUGAGAUUCAACUGAGAUGUGAUGACAGCUACCAAUUGGAUAUAGAUUACAGAAGUGUUAACAAUAGUAGUGCUGAUUAUGUUAAUCAUAAUAAGAGACCCAACUCUGGAUUUACUGAUCAGUAUUCAAAUCCAAAAAGAUUUGAUUCAAAUGAGAGAUUAAGUUGGUACUGA